UGUUGUUGUUGGAUUUUUGUCCGGUCGUUUUUAUGUAUUAACUUUAUUUAUCAAAUUAGUAUCUCGCGAAAUUGCUCUGUCGAAGAUCUCGUCGUCUCGUUGAUCACCACACUUUCUUAACUCCGGGCGCCAUGUUCAUUGCUGCUUCUAUAGAGCACAUUAUCCCGCGCGUCUCCCUUUCCCUAAACUCCCUCGUUACUCUUCCUCGCUCUCUUCCCCUUCUACGCGCACACCAGUGCUUUUUCUUUCGUCCGCUCUCAUCUCCCAUUGCCGUCUCCUUGGACUCCACCACAAUCCAAGAUGAUUCCCGACCGCUUAGUACUAAUGAAGAUACUGUGGUGCCCGUGGGGUUGGACAGGUCCCUGAUAGAUGUCAACCCUCCCAGAGGAACAAGGGACUUCCCCCCUGAGGACAUGAGGCUGCGGAACUGGCUCUUCAACAACUUCAGAGAGGUAUCUAGGUUGCUGUCGUUCGAGGAGGUGGACUUUCCGGUCCUCGAGUCAGAAGCGCUUUUUAUCAGAAAAGGCGGGGAGGAGAUCUCCCAGCAGUUGUACAACUUUGAAGAUAAAGGUGGUCGUCGUGUUGUUUUAAGGCCUGAGAUCACUCCUUCACUAGCACGCCUUGUGAUCAAGCAAGGAAAAUCUGUUUCUCUUCCAUUGAAGUGGUUCACCAUCGGACAGUGCUGGCGGUAUGAGCGUAUGACAAGAGGAAGGCGCAGGGAGCACUAUCAAUGGAAUAUGGAUAUAAUUGGCCUUUCUAAAGUUAGGGCUGAAGCUGAACUUAUUCAUGCUAUUGUUCUUCUGUUUGGACGUCUUGGGAUCACAUCCUCUGAUGUUGGGAUCAGAAUUUCUAGCAGAAAGGUUCUUCAGGCAGUGCUGCAAAUGCAUUCUAUACCAGAAUAUUUAUUUGCAGAAGUUUGUGUUAUUGUUGAUAAGUUAGGAAAGAUUUCUAGAGAUGAGAUUGAAAAUGAACUGGUGAAAGCAGGGGUUUCAUUUGUGGCUGUAAAAGGAAUAACCGAAGUUUUGUCUCUAAAGUCACUGUCAAAACUUGAAGAGGUUCUCGGAUCGGAAGUUGAAGCUGUUACUGAUCUGAGAUUUUUACUUGCUGAACAUUAUGGCUAUUCUCAGUGGAUAAACUUUGAUGCAUCUGUUGUCCGAGGACUUGCCUAUUAUACUGGAAUAGUUUUUGAGGCAUUCGAUAGAGAAGGAAAACUAAGGGCUAUUUGUGGUGGUGGAAGAUAUGACCGUCUGUUCUCUACUUUCGGUAGUGAUGACAUCCCAGCUUGUGGAUUUGGGUUUGGGGAUGCUGUUAUUUUGGAAUUGCUGAAGGAGAAGGGUCUUCUACCUGAUCUUAGUCGGCAAGUAGAUGACAUCGUAUUUCUGUUGGAUGAGGAGCUUGAAGGACCUGCGUUAAAAAUUGUUUCUUCACUUAGACAGAGAGGACGAAGUGUUGAUCUUAUACAAGAUAAACGUCUUAAAUGGGUUUUCAAGCAUGCUGAAAGAAUCAAUGCUGAUAGGCUAAUCCUUGUAGGCAAUUCAGAAUAUCAGAGAGGUAUGGUUCGUGUGAAGAUUCUUGCCAGUAGAGAUGAGUUUGAAGUUAAGAUUGAUGAACUAGCAGUGCUUUCAUAAGUUAUUGUAAUUUUCUUAUGUAAGAGAGAGAGUUCAAAAGAGGGAGGGAGGGAGUCAUUUACGCUUAGAUGCUCUUAAUAAGUUCAAUCCCCUCGUGCACGCUUAGGAGUUAUCUGAUUGAUCCGCGUGACUCAUGGUGAGAAUAUUGAGGCCUUUAAUUGAGCUCAAAUAGUUUGGAUAAGCUUUAUGAUGAUUGGAGAUCACCCAAGCUUUGUAAAACGACAAUAGCAUAAAUAUUCUUUUCAUACUUUUUUUUUU